AUGAAGUCGAUAUCUAAGCUUGAGAAAAAUAUCAGCAGCAAUAUAGUAUCUCUAAGGGCAGAAAUGAGAUCUAAUCGGGCUGACCUUAAAAAUGCUAUAAUUGAGAUGCAGUCUAAACUGGAUGCCCUGACAGGCAAGGUGUGGUUCCAGAAGCAGCGCACAAGACAGCUAAGGCAGAGCCUACUGGGGUCUGCCAAAUCCCAAGGGCAAGGGCCAACACAUGGACAGGAACAGCCUCCAUCUUGUACUCAAGAUGACUCCCCUUCAUACAAAACGGGUCUCUUCUUGAGCUUCUCCUUGACACAGGAACGGGAAGGACAGAGUCCUCUUCUGGGGUCCCCUCAGACUUUAGAUCCAAGCACUGGCUUGUGUGCGUGGGUCCAUGGUGACCUCAGUGGACUCAGGGACGGAGAGGCCACUGAGAAAAUGGAGAAGCAUGAUGGCAGGAGAAAACGGACAUCCAUUUCUCAAUCCCAAACCAGUAUCCUCCUUCAAGCCUUUGAGAAGAACCGCUUUCCAAGCAUUGCUACCAGGGAACACCUGGCCAGCCUCACAGGUCUUCCAGAAUCCAGCAUUCAGGUCUGGUUCCAGAACAGAAGAGCUCGGCACCCAGGGCAGAGCAGAAGUGGCCCCGUGAAGGACAUGGAAGCACACCUCAAACCCAGUCCUCAUGUGACAGUCCCAGUGGAACUAGGUCUCCUGGCCGGUGGCCCUGUGUGCUCUCUUCAACUGGCUCUGUCCAAUACUCUGGGAAGCAUGCAGGGCCUUCCAGCAGGGACAACUCCCAUUACCUGCAUUGGCUUUACCCCUCCCGUUUUCUCUGGGGACCCUGGGAGCCAGGCCCUGGGGGCCAUGAUUGUCCUGCCCACCCAAGGGGAACACCAGCAGCAACAUGAGCACACUGGCAUGGCACCCCUGCCCUUCCAAGACUACCCCCAGCCUCUAGUUGACUAUCCUUGCCAAGGGUUGAAGGAAGCAGGGCACUCCGGGAGAAACCGUGCUACACAGUGCUGGGGCGAGUGGUCUCAGCUUGUCAUCAGCAUAGGACAGGCUCAGGAUGGGGCAGUUCAGCAGCCUGCACAUGCUGAGACCCUUGGAUGGCAGCAGCAGGCACAUCCUACUGCAUGGUUGUCUGCUGCGCUCAACCCACAGCACCAACCAUCUGCAGAAGCCUCAAGUUUUUUAGAGGAACUUUUCACAGCCACAGAAAUGGAAGAAGACACACACCCUUUUCUGAGUGGGUGUUCGCCGCAAGAGGAUGCUCUGGUGUUUCCAGGGACCCCUGGAAACACCCCUCAGUGA